AUGGUGGAGGAGUUACCUCGGCACAACGUGUCUAAAGGCCCCGUCUCCAACUCUGCUUCUUCCUCGUCGGUUGCAUCCCCGGACAUUAAACCCGUCGCUCCAUCUGCCUACGAUGCGAAUCUGACCAUAUCCCCGCCCUUGGAUGCGCUGUCUGCGACAUCUGUUUCCGCCAGCACCGGCGUCAGCAACCACCACGAAUGGACCCGAAGCGCUCUUGCUGGGUCUCCGGGGAACCUCAUCAGCCUCAUGGGCGAAUCGCCACCUACCCAGCCAUCCUCCUACGAGGACCACGCCCGCCUCCCUCCCGGCUGGGCGACCCGGCGGCCCAUCAUGACCCCGCAGGCGGCCUCUCCAUCGCCUCCCAGCAGUGUCCCCAGCAGUCUCCGCCGCCCUCUGAGCUACCAGCAGGAUCCUAUGCACGCCGCUGAACUGCAUGCGCAAGUUGCUGCCACCGCUGCCUACCGCCGCGCCUCCGUCCAGUCUCCCUUCUCCCAUGCGCGAGCGGGCCCGUAUCCGCCACCUCCGCAUCUCCCCCAGGCUCACUUUUACGGUACUCCAGAUCUCGAUUUCGAUGUGGGGCCGCAGACUGGGAUCAAGGCUGGGGAAAACGGCUACCACUUCGGCCUCGAUACUCUCCCAUCCGCACCGUCAAGCUCGGAGCUGUCCCCGGGAUCUGACAAUGUCGUAGUGGCAGGAUAUGAGGGCGGACUCGAGGUGUAUUCCGUUUCCAAGCGGGGCUUACAGCGCGUCACCGGCCUCAAGGGGCUGCGAGGUGGAGUGUUGCAUGCUACGAUCCUACCUUGGAUUGGUUCUGACGAACACGCCGACGUUUAUCCUCUGGUUGCCGUCGUUGUCCACGGCCCUGUCCUGCCGGCAGGCGCACCAGAGGAUGGUCCUCGAGUUGCCUCUCCUGAAGAGAGACCAGAGUUGUGCAACAGUCCCCGAACAGACGCCAGCCACCGGGAUGCGGCGACCGGCCGCUCGUUGGCUACCGUUGAGCACUACCAGACCAGCGUGGAACUCUAUUCACUCAAAUCAAACAAGCUCAUCGAUGUCCUGCUUGAAGCACCCAAAAUUCCUCUGGCCACUCCUAUCACCAGUCCAAUCUUCAAAGCCCCUCUUCCGACCGGUACAUUCGUUAUCCAAGCUGAUGGUGGUAACAUUGCCGUGGCAUCUGGUUCUACUGGCGAGGUUUGGGUGUACCGCCGUAUCGAAGGUCUGUACGGCGAUGGAGGAGUUCGUUUUGGCUGUGCCGGGAAACUCUGGACCAGUCUGCAGCAGGCCCCACGAGGUGGCGAAGUGACCGAAGAGUCCGGGGGACGACCGUCUCCCGCUCCGAGCUCUGCACGCCCGAACCCACCGACUCCCAUUCUGGCCUUGAACGGGCGGUGGAUCGCUUAUUGUCCACCGGCGCCUUCCUCUCAAAUUGCUAUCCGAGCCCAUGUCCCCGUGCCUAUGCUCGGCAAAGGGCCUGGCCUCUCAUCAGUCACGCCACCCGUGCUUCCCACUGUGACCUCCGGCGCUGAACUGCCCAUCUCCGAGGGCAUGAUGAAUAAGAUCAUGCGCGAGACCACGCAGGAGAUCAUAUCCGGCGCCAAGUGGGUUGGUCAACAGGGCUUGCAGGCCUGGAACGCGUACUGGAAUAAGAACACGUCCCAGCAAGGCGGCCGACAACCACGCUCGCCCCCUUUAGCCCCGCAGCAAUGGUCGAGCUCGUACCCUCAGCGUUCCGAUCCAGUUCAGUUCCCGCCGACCCAUGGGACUCCCGGGAAAGCCGUGGCUAGUAGGGAGCCAGGCCUGGUUACCGUCUUGGACCUGGCGACUCUGAGUCAGUCUGCCUCGUCGCAUCCUGUCACCACAUUUCAGACUCCUCUCGGAUGUAGCUUUUUAUCCUUCUCUCCGUCGGGUUUGUUUCUCUUCACUGCCAGCACCAAGGGCGAUGUGCAGACAGUCUGGGAUCUCAUGUGCAUCCAGUAUACCAAGUCGUCUCCGCUUCAGGCUGUUGCCGCUACGAGUACGGUUGGGCCGCGCGUACGGCAGGUGGCCCAUUUCUCGAGGAUGACGGUUGCUCGCAUUGUAGAGGUGGCCUGGUCUAGGCCUAACGGGGAGCGGAUUGCCAUGGUGACGGAGCGUGGCACCGUCCAUCUGCUCGACAUGCCUGGCAACGCCUUCACGUGGCCGCCCCCUCGACGCAGGAGGAUGACGGAGCCGAAUGGAGCGCCAGCGUCCGAAUCGCCCGGGUCUGCGGUGUCCAUGGCGUCCACCGCGUUCGGUGCGGCCUUUGAAGCUGCGAGGCCGCUGAUCGACCGCUCUCGAAGGGGCAGUUCUAAUGGACCCGGCCUAAACAGCGCGAACCUCGUCGACUCUGCCAGCCAGGGUGGACGGGCGAUCGCUGCCACGAUCAGCCAUUCCCUGGGCAAGACUGGCACCGCCAUCAACCAGCUGCGGCACACGGGGGAGAACCGGGUGUCGCUCCCGCCGAGCGUGGUACCGCCGUCGGCGUCCUGUGUGACAUGGCUCGCUGGUAGACGGUACCAUAGGCUGUUCGUUGUCGGUAGCGGGCUGGUACGGACGUUCCCUUCCAAGAGCCGACGCGGAUUGGUUGCGUCGGAGAAGCAGCGAGGGUCUAGAGGCAACCGGUACAUGGACUUCAAGUUCCCCACGCUACCCGACGAUACGCUGGCACCGAUGGUGAGGCAUUUUCUUGACUCGGACGAAUACCUGGAUCUGUCCGACAGGGAGAUGGAUGCAGGGAACACCUUGACGCUCGAGCCUCGUACGACAGCUGUGCAGGCCGAGAUCAGCGCGGAGGCGUGCAUCCCGCAAGCCGAGAUUGAAUCUAGCGCCCCGUAUCAGCCUUUCCAUACGGACAGGAGGGUUUCUGUGUUUGAGUACGCCACGUCAGCGGACGUCGCUUCGGAGGUCCCUGCGGUGACAGCGCUCCUCGCCGAAGCGACACUCGACGACCCGCCAUCUUCCAAGUCGAAGAGGAAACAAGCACGGCAGGCCUCCCAGGCGGCGCCUGCGGCCCAUGACGUGUCCCGACGACAUUGGGCGUUUGGUCAGCCGAUCGACUUGUUCAAGCUACAUCUGGAUCAUGGCAUUCUUCAAGACGAGGAGUGGGACGCUUCGGAGGAAACACGCGCACUGCCGUCAUCUUCGAUGGAGAGAGUGAUGCGCGUGGGGGGAAAUCGCGACGAAAUCGUGGUGACGACGAGGCGGCGGCGAGGGGCGCGUCACAUGGUAGAUGAGCAUGGGUUUUUUGAGGAUGACUGCGAGGUUCUUGACUUUGCAGACCAGAGGGUAUGAGUAAGUCGAUGAUGCAUACAUAGUUGGCCAGCGCCGCGGUUAAGGAUUGCAUGGGAGUGUUGGUUCUCUCGUCCGGCGUUGAUCUCUCUCUCUCUCUCUCUCUCUCUCUUUCUAUACGAGACUGGCCGGGAGGGAAAGUAGCUGACGAGGCGACGUUUGGGACAUUUGGAUUUUACUAUUACACCCGAGGCGCACCGCUCUUCAACAAGCACGGGCAGGGCCCAAGGGCAAGGGGGGCAGGAGGAGGGAAAGGGUUGAAGUGUCGUUUGCAAAGUCGUAUGUCUCUUGGUUCCUGGUACGGCGUACUGGCUGGCCUGUUUGCGACCAUAUUAGUUAACACCAUGCUUGGUGUUUUGAUCUUGGCUUAACAUAAGUCUAGGAAUCCCAGGUGGGCUCUGGUUGACCCCCAGCUUGCUGAAUAGAAUCAACCCCUUAGAUACCCAUAUUGGUCCCAUGCCUUUGUGAACCUGUCCGAUUUUGAAGCACGGAUGUCC